AUGCGAGGGGCGAGGGAAGACGGGCACCGCGGCGGGCUCUCUGACAGCGCCUGUAUCUGCGGCGCCUGUGUCUUCGGCGCCUGUAUCUGCAGCCGCUGUCGCUCUGGGGCCGGACCAGGUGGACGGGUGUCAGAGAGUCCCAAACCUGACACCGAAUGGAGGAAGGAUCUGGCGGCGUCUCCGGUGUCUCCGGCGUCUCUCCGGCGUCUCCUGUCACUUAAACUGGCCACACGCUAUUUUUGCUUUCGGCCCAAAAACUUCUGGUCUGACAAGAAAUCCCAGCUGCAGAUUUCUCUCCAAUAG